AUGUCUCUACGAAGCAGGACCCUCAGCUACCAAAACUUCACUCUCUCGUUUCCGGACGAGCGCAUCCUCCAAGUUACCCUCAACAGACCGCAAAAGCUCAACUCAAUCGACAAAACCACGAGUCGCGAGAUCCAGGGGGUUUGGGAAUUAUUUGACCAAGACGAAACUUUAUGGGUUGGAAUUAUCACUGGCAACGGCAGAGCCUUCUGCACUGGGGCUGACUUACAAGAAUGGAAUCGAAUGAAUCAGACAGGUGAAAUCAACAGUAUGGAUGCACCUGGACUCGCUGGUUUGCCCAGACGAAGUGGUAAGAAGCCGAUUAUCGCCGCCGUCAAUGGAAUCUGCAUGGGAGGAGGCUUUGAGAUGAUCGCCAACUGUGACCUUGUGAUCGCGUCUUCAUCCGCCACAUUCGCCUUGCCGGAAGUGAAGCGCGGUAUUGUUCCUGUGGCCGGAUGUCUUCCACGACUAACACGUACGAUUGGACUCCAACGUACCAUGGACCUCGUGUUGACUGGUAGGACGGUGGAUGCGAAAACUCUCGAAAAAUGGGGCCUCAUUAGCCAAGUGGUGGAUGCCGCAGCAGAUGUUGCCGACGCCGCAGUGAAGAUUGCCUUGGAAAUGUGCAAGAACAGUCCGGACGCGCUAAUUGUCGGCCGUGAAGGGGUUCGGAUGAGCUGGGAAUAUGGCAGUGCGGAGGAGGCCGUAUCCACCCUGGCGGAUCAAUGGUACCCUCGCCUAAUGCGUGGAGAAAACUUCUCCGAAGGAAUCCAGGCGUUUGUGGAGAAGCGACCUGUGAGGUGGGCCAAUUCCAAGCUGUAA